GAACUGAGCGUCUGCUUUUGACGCUGCUGAGGAUGUGGGCAGGAAACGCCAUGCAAGAGCAGAGAAACGAUCACGCUUCCUAGCACCCGUUUGCACAAUACAGUGUGAUCCUAGGGAGAGAGAGAGAGAAAGAGAGAGAGAAAAAAGAUAUGUGCUUUAUUUCAGCACGCUGAUGUCCAGGAGCUCUUAUUCUCCUCGGAUCUCUCUAACCCCGCGGCCCGUCACAGCCGCGCACCGACCACUUGGAGGAUUUGCCGGCGUGGGAUUUGAGUGCUACCCGAGCGAGAGGGCAGCCUUCCCAGCCUGCUCGGUUUGAAAACAUCGGGGCUGGUCAGCGGGUGGGGGAGAGAGAGAGAGAGAGAGAGACAGAAAGAGAGAAAGAGAGAGAGAGGCUUCGUCUCGGAAAAAAGGAGGUGUCUGCCUUUUUUUUUUUUUUUUCCUCCCUUCUCCUUCUUCGUCUACCCCCCCACAGCCAUGAGGGAGUACAAAGUGGUUGUUUUGGGGUCGGGUGGAGUCGGCAAAUCCGCGCUGACGGUCCAGUUCGUGACGGGCUCCUUCAUCGAGAAGUACGACCCCACGAUAGAGGAUUUCUACAGGAAGGAGAUCGAGGUGGACUCGUCCCCGUCUGUGCUGGAGAUCCUGGACACGGCGGGCACCGAGCAGUUCGCCUCCAUGCGAGACCUGUACAUCAAGAACGGGCAGGGCUUUAUUUUGGUUUACAGCCUGGUGAACCAGCAGAGCUUUCAGGACAUCAAGCCGAUGAGAGACCAGAUCAUCCGGGUGAAGAGAUACGAGAGGGUGCCCAUGAUCCUGGUGGGAAACAAGGUGGACCUGGAGGGGGAGAGAGAGGUGUCUUCCGGGGAAGGCAAGGCGCUGGCCCAGGACUGGAACUGCCCGUUUAUGGAAACUUCAGCCAAAAAUAAAGGAUCAGUGGAUGAACUGUUUGCAGAAAUAGUCAGACAGAUGAACUAUUCAACUGUACCCAGUGGUGGAGACCAGUGUUGUUCAUGUGUCCUGCUCUAAAAGAAACCCAAACAAACCCACAGGAACAGUGAUCCCGAGCUGAGCUUCUAAACUUGUUCUGCAGGCUUUUUGCGAAACUAUUCUCCUCUCUGCUCACACUGUUGUCUUAUUGUUGCACACACACACACACAAAAAAAAAAAGAAAUCGACGACGACAACAAUCGAUUAUGUAUUAUAGUCUGGAAAAGUGUUUACAUGACAAAGUACUUGAAUGUUUUGGGAUUUUUUUAUAGCUUUGUAUAUGACACUUCUCUGGAAAUGUGCCUCAAUGGGAAUGUCUUAUUGUGAAACCUAAGAGACACCUGUUUUCUGGUUCUUUCUUUUUUCUUUUUGUGGUUUUAUUUUAUUUUAUUUUUUUUGCAUUGUACUGUUGCAUCUUUUGGGCUGGGUCCAUCUGUCUUUUGAGAGUGGUGGUUGGUUGAAGGGAUAGGGAGGGCUUACAGGGGUUAUGCCAAAUCCCAGGCAGAGCUAGGAAUCGGACUUAAAAGUGCUUAAAAUCUUAAACUUAUCAAUCACCACUCAAGCCUUGCACAGGUUACUCAAAUCCAAUCUCUACAAUUAUGGUGUCCCCCCCCCCGCCCCCCAAAUGGUCACAUGUGAUCCAAGAGCCGCAGACCCACCCACCAAGAUACUGUAUUUGAAGCUGUGGACCGUGGUGGAGUUGUUUUUUACGCCUACAUAUUUUUGUUUUUCUCCUCUCCAGUCUGGUGAAAGUGGAUUUAUCAUGGAACUUGCACUUAGCUGACGGCGUCCCUGCUCAGUGUGCACAAACAAGGACCGUAGUGCAUUGUUGUCGCUGCAUGGGGAACGCCAUGACCCCAUGUCAAGUGCCUUCCUAAGAAAAACUCCUGUGACUGUGCCAACUGAUGAGCCCUAUACUUCCUCUGCAGUGCGUCUCGAUGGCAAUCAGAACUUUUUUAGCAGUUUUCAGUAUACAUUCUAGCUUAAUUUGGUGUUAAAGUGUAAAGCGCUGCUUCCUAUCUUACUGUCAGGAAGCUAAGCUUGUAACAGACCUGCUGUUUCAGGGUCAGAUUCAGGCCGUUUCUCGAGGUACUAGUCCCAACAAGAACAACAAAGUAACUUUAACCAACUAGCAUUUUGGUUCAGUGAAUGGCAAGCCAUGUCUGUAUUAUCUAUUAGAAAAUGUUUUUCUUUUCUAAAAAUGUGACUUUUUUUUUUUUUUUUUUUUUUUUUUUUUUUUUGACUUACCGUAAUUGUAAUUCUCCCUUUGGACAAAUCUCCUGCCAUCCACAUGUGAGUUUAAAAGACUUGUAAUACAAAACGCAUUUUACGUAACGCUGUGUGCUGUGCUUGUCUCUGCUGAUGACAUAAAGUGUCUUAAGUUUUA